AUUACGGUUUGCCCAAGUUUUCUCUUCUAGGUUAUGAUGACUGGAAUAUCAUGAUGGAAGCACACCUUUACGCCCUGCAUGAUUGCAUGUGGAUGGUGCUUGAAGAAGGGCCCUUGAAGAUUUAAAUGGAGAAUCCAAAGAGUGAUUCAAACAAUCUAGACGUAGUCAAGUACAUCCCAAAGCCCAAGGACAAAUGGGAUGACAGAGAUUGCAAAAAGCACAAUCUGGACAACGUCGCCAAGGCAGUCAUCUUCAAGACACUUGAUCUCAUCACCUUUUCCAAGAUCAAGCAUCUCAAGACUGCCAUGGAAAUAUGGCAAGGUCUUGGGAAGCUGUGUGAAGGAUCAGAAGAUUUGAGAAAGCAGAAGAUUGAAGUUCUACUUGAGAAGUUUAAAAGCUUCAAAAUGCUUCCCGAAGAAUCAUUUGACUUGCUGGAUGAAAGAUUCCACAAGAUUCUAAAUGAUCUUGCAUCACUUAACCACGUUCUCUCUCCCAAAGAGAAGAGCAUAAGGUUGCUUAGAUCUCUUCCGGUUGAGUGGUACACCAAAGCCACAACAAUGGAAGAAAGAAGGAACCUGGAGAACUACACUGUCCAAGGACUCCUCGACGAGCUCAGGACCUAUGAGCACGAGCUGGAGAAGAAAAAAAAAGAGGAACAAGCCACUCCUUAUCCCACAGCGCUGAUGACAAAAGUCAGAGUCACAACGAGUGAAGGAACUUGUCCAAAGAGCUGUGACACCCCCUCCACCAGCCAGCAGCCAAGUUCAAAGGCAGAGAACUUGGAAGAGGAAAUCGCUAUGAUGAUCAAGCAAUUCCGGAAGUUCAAGAAGUUCUUCAAUCAGACUGACUCCACCAGAAGACCGUCCAAGGGAAAGCUACAGGUAAGUAAUUCUCCCCCCUGAAUCUUAUCUGUGUUAUAACUGCAGGAAACCUGG